CGAAUCGGCCAAAGCGUAAUAAACCUUGGACGCCUUAGGGUCUGAUCGGGAAGUGAAAAGUUUGCAGGUCUUUGAGCAGGUGGAUUGAAGCUAGGAACAAAAAUAUAAAGUCACGUUUCUGAUGAGUUAUUCAUUGUGCGUUGAACCCUACGAGGAUGAAGAGAAAGGCAUUUUCACGGGAUUUGGGAUAACAGUUUCGUGUUUGCCUUGAGUGUUAGACACGGAGAUAGUCGCAUCCUGAAAAAUAAAAAUACAGCAUACAGCUUUUGAAUUUUGCAACUUUUAUGCAAUUUCCGGGUUUCUCUGUGGUUUGAGGUGGAGGAAGCUGACUGGCACGCAGUGUGGAAAGACGUGCUGAAAUGCAGCUUUAAAAAUAUUAAGCAUACCUGCAUAAGCAUAUCGCAGGUGCUGUCGGUCCGGCUGGGGGGUUAAAACAGGGAGAGAGUGGCUGGAACCUAGCCACGAUGAUCCAUUCUGAAUCGGAAAGCGCUGGAAAGUGCAGCCUGGGCCUCUGCCGCUGGUAACUAGUCGAAGACGCGGUCCAGGUCCCCAGAACCGAGCUGCUCCGCAUUUGCAAGAGGGACAGACACGGAGCCUCGCUCGCCAUGGGGAUGGCACCCAGCGAGCCGUGCAUUUACGACAAGCUCUCGGAAAGCAUCGACAUCUUGAGGCAGUCGGGGUAUCGCUACGGGAUGUCGGAGAGGGAGAUCGAGAAGUUCAUCAAGCAGGUCCUGGAGACCAACGAGCCCCGGAGGGAGCCGCCGCAGUUCCCCGUCCUGCGAGCUACUGUGAAGUUUGUAGUUGCAGUGGGGUUCCUGCUGGUGGCAGUGUUGGCCUUUGCAUACCCUCACAGUACCCCCCAGCUGGACUUGGAGCUCACGGGUGCACACAACUGGUCCUCGCCGCUCAGCCACGUGCGGCUGCUGUCUCUGCCCAUCGCCAGGAAGUACAACCUGGAAGGGUGUCCUAUGGUAAUGAGGUCAGCUUGGGGGUUGCCCUGUGUGCUGUCUCCUGCAGAGUUCCACGAGUGGUGGAGCGUGAUGGUGGGGGGGUGCGGGUUGGCACCAGUGAACUGCUCGGGCUGUGCGGCCGUCACUGCAGUCCUGGAGGUGUCGGACAUGCACGGUGUCCUGCGGGGCCCCCAGCCCGUCCUCUUCAAGGGAGGAGCAGAGCUGACUCUGACCUACGAGCACCUAGAGCAGCUGUUCUCCAAGCACAGGGAAGCCAUGGGUGUCUGGGUGGCAGAGAAGGGGAAUAAGAUGGUCACAGCACAGAAUUUCCCUCCGGAGACGGCCAACUUCACUGUGUUCUGGAAAGGCGAUGCUCGGAGGCAGGAGGAGGUGCUGUGGUCACUAUUCCCAGGGAUGGAUCGCUACCCUCUUGUGGACAGUGAGGAGAUGUCACUGAAGCAGUGCAGGAUCACACACAGCCCAGAGUCACAGAGCCAGGCCCAGCGCAUGCACCGGUGGUUGGUGGUGACCCAGGGAUUGCCCUUGCUCCGAGUCAUGCCUGUGCGCCGCUGCCAGAGGCUGUGCAGCUCCUUCAGCGUGUGGCUGGGUCCUGGAGACAUUGGUGAGCAUGGCACGCUGCUCUUUCAGCUGUCUGUCGCUCCUGCAUGUGCACCUGGAAAGUCCACGCUGACCCUCGGUUCUGGCAGAUGGAUCUGUUCCCAGGCAGGGGGCAGAACAUUGUUUGUGAUGGCUCUGCCUUCUGACGGGCAGCCGGACGCCCACUGUAUCCCGUCCUGCUGAGAGAGAGAGAGAGACCGCCGACAGGCGCUGACCCCGGCCUGGCCCACGCACCACAGAAGCUCUGACCCGAUUGUUUUGGUUGGGCGGGGAGGUGAUGUAAAGGCGAGCUCCCCCGAGAGUGCCCCGCGAGGGAUCGGGUCGAGAGAGCUGAAUGACAUUCAAACAGCAAAAUGUUAUUGAGACCAAAUGAUUUCCUUAAAGAUAUAAAUGAUGGCUUUAAAUCAUAGGCCUGGACCAGCUUUUUUGAUAUAAUUGACGUUGGUAUUAUGUCCCAUACUGUCAGGAACGAGCCAGAUUUUUCUUGGUAGAUGAUGGCCAUUGGUGACUGGGUGCUUUCUGAAUAUUCAGCGACAUGAGUUUUGUUUUAUGUCUUUUAUUCGGCAUUUGAUAAUUGCAGGUGAAUGUGUAUGGUGGCAAAAUAACAAAAGCCUUAAAAGCCAAAAGCUGUUUUACUGAAGAGCAUCUUGCUUAAUGAGAGAGUUUAUAUAUGCUUAGGUGUAACUGAAGAAAGGUGGGCAUGUGAUUGAUCUUUGUCGUCCUUCUAAUGCUGCUGCAGAGAGUAGCUUUAUUUUUCUUGAGCUUCAGUUUCCAGUGUGUGCCCUGUCCUGUUCCUAUGGACAAGCUUUCUAGCUCAAAGAGAUAUAAGUGUACUUAUUCUUUCCCAACAAGGAAAAUUGCUGAUGCGUAUUGUUAAUAUUUUUCUUACAUUUUUUAACAUUGCUGUCCCAGAAACUCCAGUUUUCCCUUAAUAUUUAGGUAACUAAGAUCCAGCACCUGUGAAUGGUAGAAGACCAGGCAGCUGUUGUUUCUCUCUGACACUGGGGAUUGUUAUAAUUGUGAAGGUUGAAAAGGAGGAAUGCCCUGGGACGUACGUCUGUCCUGAGUGUUUUUGUGGUUUUUUGGCCUAACUGGGACUGGAGAAUGACAUCACUGUGCACUCCAGGGUGGAGCUCCACAUCUGGAGCUAUGACCUCAUAAUGUUUGCCAGAUUCCUGGAGAUCAGGACUCUGCUCUCCUCCUCUGGGAACCUCGGCUGCUCAUUCCUAUCCAGAACAUCUGGAUCACAUCUUCUUGUUUUUGAGCCGAACCAUAUGAUUUCCUUUCAGCUUUAUCCUUAGAGGUUGUUAGGGAACUUAACCAUGUCCCCUUGUUUGAGCGCCUGUGGAGUAUUCUACAAGCUGUAGCAAUGAAAAGGGAGAUGAAGUUACAGAAGAAAUCCUCUUCUGUCCCACCUUUGCCAUUUUGUUCUUUAAAAAUGCUAUCGCUCUUUUCCGGGCCGAAAGAAGAAAAAAGGGUCAAGCUGUUUGUGUAGCUAAAGGUUUGGAGAGCAGAGCUGGAGGCCAAGUUAUCCAAUGGGUAGAGAAAAGGAUCUCUUGCUAGGAGGCUCCUAGUUCAAACCCAAGCUAUGCCCUUGACUCAUUCAGCUGCUUACACUUCUUGUGCUGUCUUUCAGAUUGUGCAUCAGCAUUAUUAAUGAACUGUUCACUUUCUGUGUAAGGCCCGCCUUUUGAAUCACAGGCCUUGUUCACAGAGCUCGUGGGCUGUGAUUUGGUGAACACUUUGCAUGGGCUGGCCUUUUCAUUGAGAUGUGCCAUCACCAUGUCUUCUCACAGUAUUGGUAUGGUAGUGUUCAAGAUGUCACUAGAAUUCCUUCAGUGCAGGCCUACUAUUGCUCACAAACACCAGAAUCAGUUUUACUUUUGGAGCCAUAAUCAUUUUGGGUAGUGAUUAACCAAGAUUAUCAUUAAUAGUUUUUAAUCGGUACAAAACAUUUUCUAUUGUCUCCUGAUAAUUGAAGCGUAUGAUCUUGUGCUCAGUGCAAAGCUGCAGUAGUGAAAAUGAUGGUGUGCCCUGUGUUUUGCUUGCCUUGUUAGUUUCUUGUUUAUCAGUAGUUCUUGAGAAUUUAUUAACACAGGCACCUUGAACUCUUUCCUUCUGGACAAGUGCUGUGGGUGAAGUUUUCCCCUAAUCUGCUGUUUGUAUUGUAAUGUAUUUGGAAUUGGACACUGUAUAUAGUUUAAGCCUUCUGAAUAUUGGAUGUAAAAAUGCUGUGGAUAAUGUAUAAAUAUAAAAAUCUUUUGUAUGUAAGAUAUCUAAUUGUUUUAAUGUGUUCUUUUUUCAUUUUUUCUGGA